UUUUUAUACAUAAUUAUGAUAAAAUUAUUUACUAUAUUUCUUAUUAUUAGCGUGAUCGCGACAGGAGCGCGCCGCGAAGAGAAAAUCACUUUACCAAUUCAAGACAGAAUAAACCUUUUGAAAUAUGAAAUAAGUGAACAGGUCAAGGCGGUUAAGAAGAAACGUAACCCUAUGCGGUUAUUAAACGAGGACUCUCAAUUACAUCCGUUUGUUAUGAGAGCGUCAGAUGUAAAGAAACCUCUGAACCUGGAGAACUAUGAUUACGUGAAUCUGGAUGACCAAGCUAUCACACCUAUUAUGGACUUCGAUCAUCGCAAGAAGGAUCAUCACUUCCACCUCCGUGAACUCAAAACAACAACGACAAAAUCUCCACGUCCGAUACACUACACGCCACAUUACUAUAAGCCCCGAGUCAUAAAAGCAUCUUUCCAAAGGCCCCCACCCUUGCGCAGCUUCAAAUUCAACACAACCAAGAACAAGUACAGCGGACCACAAGAAAAGCCAGUCGAUGAUUUCUAUAGACGGCAGGUCGAUCCUACAUUCUACUAUACGCCGAUGAAAUGGCUCCACUGUGAAGAUCUCAUAACCCCUCUGAUUACGGGCUUGAAGACUGAAUGUGUUGCGCCUAAAUUUUAUGAAUCAAACAAUCGAAUAGUAACCAGAUUGAUACAAUUACUUACAAUUAACACGACUAGCUCCACGAAGGAAGAAAUCUUUGACUUAUUACUACAAGUAAGCAACAUACAAAUCAGAUUUUUUCAAUGGAAUUCUCAGCCAAUGAGGAUUUUACUCGACACUAUAACGGGCUCUCCCCUACACUCAUUCAGAAUAUUAAAAUUUGGUAUUAAGAGGCUAUUUGACAGCUGGCACCUCGAUUUCAGCAAUGCCACGAACUUGCUAAAGCAGAGCAGAUUAUUUAGACCAUAUUGCAUCAACGUCGGACACCAUGGUGGUUCCACAAAAUCAUCAAAAAACACAAGAUAUUCAAUAAGUACAGAGUCGACGACAAAAUGUACAGAUUCAGAUGAUUCUGCUCAAACGACUAUAGCAGGAGAAUAAUCAACAAGAUAUGGAUUGCGGCAAACUGUUUACUAUUUGUUGGAAGUUCAUACAGAUUACAUGAAGAACCACAGAUAAUGUAAUACAUUGUUGUUGUGCUAUAAGGUUUUAAAUAUUGUAGAAAUAAAAAAAUAUCA